CACUGAUAUUUCCGACAGGAUUACAUUUGCUCGCCGCCAAAAAAUACUCAUGAAUUGACCAAAAGGCAAUUUUUCAGUUGACCAUUCGACAAAUCUGUCAAAACACGGACUCAUUCUCAAUACACCGCACUCAAAAUUGGUAUCUAUUAUUCACUUUUCAUUAAAUUAAAUACACAGUGCAUUCUAAGCGAAAAGUUAGAGGUAUACACUUUUAGGAAGUACUGCCUUUGUUCUCCAGCUGCGGGGUGACUGAGUAAACUUACCGCUACGCAAAAACAGGUUUUUACUGUCGGUUGCUUUGCCGGGACAUCAGUUUUCGCCUAGCCUAGCUCCAAGGAAGGCGUUAAGACAAUGUGCGUCUAUAGUUAAACGCAAGUCAAAAGGUAAGGAAACACCCGACUCCUUACCACAAAUAAUGUUAUAUAGAAAGUAGGUAAACGUCUACAAAAGGCUUUGGUUUUGUUUACUGACUUAAAUGUAUUUUGAUUUCGUUGCAAAGAAACUUUAUCUUAAAAGAUAUUGUUUAUUUUUAAUUGAUUAAAACUUAAACGCAUUGUAUCAAAAUACUGGAUCGUUAUAUAGAUUGCAUCACGAGUACUAUUUCUUUUAUUUACAAAUUACCCCGUGUUUUCAGUUCUGCUUUUCACCAAUUGGUUACUUUGAUUUUGGUUUGGGUUUUCUCGCUAAAUCACAGAAUUGAUACUGAUUAAUGAAUAAAAUAGUUACCUUCAAGGGCCCUUUAAAGUAUUGCUGUAUAACAUAUUAUUUAUUCGACAUAACGAAUAUAUUUUCAAAAAUUUAUUCGCGGGAGCCAAAAUAUGGCAUAUUAAUAUUUUUUUAUUUUCUAAGCACAAAAUAUUUUUUCAUCAUCCUCCUCCUCAAAAGAAGUGUUCAUAUGAUAUUGUUAUGAGCGUGAUUGACAGAUGUCAUACCUUGAAGAGCUGCCGAAAAAAGUCCAGAUGACAAAGCGACGUCUCUAUCACAGGUGAGCUAAUCGACGAUCAUGACUACCGAACUACCAGCGAACACUUCUCGAGAGCAAAUCGGAUUCGCCACGAACACUUCUCGAGUGCAUGCUGCCGACCCGGAUGCACCGUCACCGUUUCGUGCUUUGUUUGGAGCUGUCGCAUGUCUCUCGUUGUUUGGCAACCUUCUUUUGUGUGUUGUCAUGGUGCGACGUCGAUCCAUGCUGAGAAAAACGUACAAUGUGCUGAUUCUCAACUUGGCGUGCGCAGACUCCCUUACAGGCCUGUUUCUUCUCAUCACUCCACGGUACGUGGUAUCCCAAGAGAUAUUCUACCCCCUUGAGGGGGUAAAAGGGGAUAUGUUUUGUAGGUUCUUCUGGUCCACCUACUUCUUGUUUCUCUUCGGCAAAGCUUCAAACGCCAGCAUCAUGUGCCUCGCAAUCGAUCGCUGGUACUCCAUACUGCGACCAAUUAGAUACAAAAUUGCAUUCGGUCAGCGUCGGUUGCUAGGAUACAUCGCGCUGACGUGGGUGACGAGUGCUGUGACGGAAUGCAUUGGACUGUUUAACGUGACAGAGCGUGACGGGGUUUGCGUGAGGAUUUCCCCCUUCUACGGCAAGCGAGCCGAGCAAGUCUUUAUCCUUGUACACGUGAUUGUGACCUUCUACCUUCCUAGUCUGGUCACGUGGUGUUCCUUUGCCCAUAUUUGGCAUAACAUGUCACGCACGGUCACGUGUCAAGCGGCGAUGGAAAACAGCAGCGUUGUGCUGAAGAGGAGGCUUGUGCGCAUGUGCGCGCUGGCGGCAUUUUUUCUCACACUCUGCUGGUUCCCCACUGAGACGUUCUUUGUCCUCAAGCACGAGAAGGUUCUAGAACUUUCUAGCGGGUUCUACUGGGGCUUUAACCUCCUUGCCAUGUUCAGCUCUUGCAUAAACCCGUGGCUAUACUGCCUUAGCAACCGGACCUACCGACGAGAGUUCAUGGCGCUCCUGUUAUGCAUGCCUGGGUUUCAGACAGGCGGGUCGUCAUGGCAACCGACUGCGACACUUCAAAUGCCACUAAGGCCGUCGCAGUUGCGAGCUUGGGGAACUGGACCGGGACUGCAGGAGUUAGGAUUUAGGAAUUGUGAAGAGUCGGAGACAAGCGUGUGAGUCGGACAGGAAGGAAGUCAGAAGGAAAGUGACAUAAAGGGGGACGGGAUGGAGUGAGGGGGGGAGAGGAAUGAGGUCGGGAAUGCUCGAUUUAAAGCAGAAUUACACUUUUUUGCAGGUUUGUACGGCAUAGCAUAUGUUUGAGAGCCAGUUUACAUAGGCAACAUAAGCAGAAUCUUAUGCUGAAAAAUUCCCAUUUUCCUCUAUUUUUUGUUUUGUUAAGGUUGCCACGCUAAGGGUUAAAGAAAUUCAUGCUUGAAUCGGCGAAAAAUAGACAAAAGAAUCUACGCGUCACGGUCGGCUUGAUUUACCUCGGCCUCUUUUCACGCGCAGUCAUACGUAUCAUACAGAAAAAGCGAUUUGAAGUAUAAUAUCGAAUAAGAAAUGAACCACUUUUUAUCCGCCAAGGGGUGGGGGGGGGUGCGCGCAUACCCUACGCCCUACGCACCCCCCCCCCCCCCCCUGUGUACGCGCCUGUUGGGUGAAGCAACUAUUCUAGUACCAUUGAGCAGAUUUAAUAUAGACGCUUUUUUAUCAUAAAAUGGCGGCGACUUUGCUUGUGUUGAAAGGCAAUCGUGACGGCAUUGCGUCACCAUAGCAACACUAGUUGUUAGCAUCGGGGUGGUUCUUCUCGAAGUCUUUCUUGAGUUGUUCAAGCUCCUCAGGUGCCAUCAUGAUGUCGCCUUCGAAGAGGUCCAUUCCUCCACCUGAAAAACAUUAAUACAAAGCUACGCAUUAGAUAAUGUGUGUUAGCAGAGCAAGAGAUAGACGUCUUAGAGCAGAAGUCAUGUGACCAAUACUGCCUAUUCUGUCUAGUCGGGACUUUAACAACUUUUUUAAAAGCAAUGUUUCAGUCUAAUAAUUCAUGUAUCGUAACUUAAAUAAAAACUAGUUGGCAUUAUAAA